GAAAUGUUCUAACUACAUACACGCUGACAGUCAGUUCUGUGAAUGUAGAACGGCGCUCUACCAACGACCGCUGCCUGAGCACAUAUAUACGAAUAUGUCGCGAUUGUGUGUGAUCAUUCAUUUGGUUCGUUGAGCGGUGCACGCAUUUCUAAAUUUUGCAUAGUUGGAAUUCUGAAUCGGCCAGUUACGGUUUAUUGUUGCUCUGGUCUAGGGAAAGUCCACACAAUUAAUAAGGAUAUGCGUUUGCGUAUUAUUCUUGACGUUACAAAUAUUUCUUUAACACAUACAAAUAUAAUUUUUCAUUAAAAUUUGUGUAUUUAAAAUGGUGCAACCGUCGAAUUCCGUGAGCUCCGACAGCACCAGCAAUAAUAACAAUAAGAACAACAUUGAUAUUUACAAUAUAGUCACCUUGGUGUUAGACAUAGCACUGCUGAUAUUUAAGUUCUGGAUUUCGAUAUUCGAGUCGAUAGUUAAAACAUUUGUGCCACAAGAAAUCGAUGUCAAAGGUCAAACUGUACUGAUCACUGGCACUGGACAUGGCAUCGGCAAGGAGCUCGCCUUGCAGUACAGCGCACUUGGCGCUAAGCUCAUCUGCUGGGAUGUGAAUGAGGAAUCCAAUCAGCAGACAGUCAAGGACAUCAAAGCUUACGGUGGGGAGGCGUACGCUUAUACGUGCAAUGUUACAAAACGCGAAGAGAUCAACGCCUUGGCUGAGAAGGUCAAGAAAGAGCAUGGCUUUAUCAAUAUUGUUGUAAAUAAUGCUGGUAUUAUGCCCUGUCAUCCAAUCCUUGAACACACCGAAACUGAGAUCAGAACUAUGUACGAGAUCAAUGUGCUGGCGCACUUUUGGAUUAUUCAAGCCUUCCUUCCCGAUAUGUUGGUCCGCAAUGAAGGACACUUUGUCGCUUUGUCAUCGUGUGCUGGUAUCUUCGGAGUGCCAAAUUUGGUGCCAUAUUGCGGUACAAAGUACGCUGUGCGUGGUCUAAUGGAGGCGCUUAGCGAAGAAUUGCGACACAAGAAUCCACAGAAUAAUAUCAAAUUUACCACCAUCUACCCAUACAUGGUCGAUACCGGGCUUUGCAAGCGUCCACGCUUCCGCUUCCCCAGUCUACUCCACCUGGUCAAGCCUACAGACGCGGCAGCGAGCAUCAUUCGGGCACAACGCACCAGCAUAGAGCACGCCAGUAUUCCACGAACAUGGUUGCAUUUGGAUAAAUUCGGACGUUUGCUGCCACGUAACGCUAUGCGUCUACUAACUGACUUCCUCGAUUUUGGUGUAGACUCAGAUAAAUAAAUGAGUGCGUUGGAAAUUUUAUAAAAUAUUGUAAAUAUUAUUUAGUAACGCUGUAAUUCGAGAUAUAUGUACAUAAACACAUACGCACAUAAUAUUUUAUUACUUUCGUAAAAUGUUUGAUAUCCGGAAGCUGAGAGUAAAAUAAAACAGCAAAUUUUUCGUAAAAUGUUACAUAAA